AUGUCCGUGGUUCACGAACACGGCAGUCUUUGUCAUUACGCAGCGGAAACAGAUAUCAUAACAAGCUCUUUAUUAUGUGGAGUUUCUUUGCUUACGAUGACGGCAAUAAGCGUGGACAGACUUCUCGUCCUGUUGUUGGGCCUGAGAUACAAAGAGAUUGUAACUUUGAAGCGUAUUUAUAUCACUGUAGCCACCUUUUGGUUGUUUUGUCUUGUCGCCUCUAUAUGCGCCAUUUUUGAUCAGCUUAUAAUUGUUUUGUAUUACUGGGUAUUGAUACCACUUUCACUGCUUAUUUCACUCGCCUCGUAUACGAAGAUUUUUUGCACUAUAAGACAUCAUCAGGCUCAAGUACAAGAUCACGUUCAACAACAGCCGAGGCAACCAAAUGCACUGCACAUGACACGAUACAGAAAGGCAGUGCACAGUGCACUGUGGGUACAGUUAGCAUUAGUUGUUUGUUAUACACCAUUCUUUAUUGUAGGAAUUGUAGCCACUUAUGGUAAAACAUAUUCCUCACAUUUAAGCGUCGCAUUUGCAAUGGCAACUAUCUUAGUUUACUUUAACUCGACGUUAAACCCGUUUCUUUACUGCUGGAAGAUUAGUGAGGUGAGACGAGCAAUGAAGCAGACAAUCAGACAAGCACUUUGCUGUCCAUGGAGUUAG